AUGUCUUCCACACCACCAAAGUCCAAGUACGACAUCCUGCCCAGGAUGCAGGUCAAGGGCCCCUUCUCCGUUCCUUCGCCCGGCGCGGCACCCAAGGAAGGCGAGACUGUUCCCCGUCGACUUCCCCAGGCCGUUCCCGACCUCAUCACCCUCCCCGGCGGCAAUAUCACCACCACCUACGAGCUCGUCAAGUCCAGUGCCGAAAAGUACGGAAACGCCAGGUGCCUGGGUUGGCGCAACCUGGUCAACACCCACCGCGAAACGAAAAAGGUCAAGAAGAUGGUGGAUGGCGAGGAGAAGGAGGUCGACAAGCAGUGGACGUACUUUGAGCUGAGCACUUACAACUACCUCACCUACCACGAGUACGAGAACCUCACUCUGGCCGUCGGCUCUGGCCUGCGCAAGCUCGGCAUGGUCAAGGGCGACCGCGUUCACAUCUACGCUGCCACCAGCGCCCGCUGGUUGGCCAUGUCGCACGCCGCUGCCUCCCAGUCAAUGCCCGUCGUCACCGCCUACGACACCCUCGGUGAGCAAGGACUGAGGUACUCAAUGGUUGCGACAAACGCCAAGGCCGUCUUCCUCGACCCUCACCUGCUACCCACUCUUGUGAAUGUGCUCAAUGACGCGAAGGACAUUCGCUAUGUUAUCUGGAACAACCAGAACCAGGUGCAGCAGGCCCACAUCGACCAGCUCAAGUCUGCGCACCCCGAGAUCACCAUCCUGAGCUUCGAGGACCUCGAGAAACUAGGAAAGGAAAACGCCGUUGACCCCGUGCCGCCGACCGCCGAGGACCUCUGCUGCAUCAUGUACACCUCAGGCUCCACCGGCACACCAAAGGGUGUUCCCCUGAAGCACCGAGCCGUUGUCGCUGCUGUCGCUGGUGUCAGCGUCGUCGUCCAGCCGCAUAUUGGACCCGGAGACGGUCUUUUGACUUACCUCCCCCUCGCUCACAUUCUCGAGUUCGUUUUCGAGAACGCUUGCCUCUACUGGGGCUCUACCAUGGGUUACGGCAAUCCCAAGACCCUGUCCGACAACUCGGUUCGAAACUGCGCCGGCGACAUCAGAGAAUUUAAGCCCUCCGUGAUGGUUGGUGUUCCCGCCGUCUGGGAGACGGUGAAGAAGGGAAUCAUUGCCAAGGUCAACGCUGGCAGCCCCCUUGUUAAAAACCUGUUUUGGAACGCCUUGUCGAUGAAGACGAAUCUCAUGAACGCCGGCCUCCCCGGCUCUGGCGUCCUUGACGCGGUGGUCUUCAAGAAGCUCAAGGAGGCGACCGGCGGACGCCUUAAGCUUUGCAUGAAUGGAGGUGGCCCGAUUGCCAAGGAGACCCAGCAGUUCAUCUCAAUGGCUAUUGCGCCCAUGAUCAUCGGUUACGGUCUCACCGAGACCACUGCGAUGGGCUGCCUGAUGAACCCCUUGGAGUGGAACAUCAACAACAUGGGCGCCAUGCCUGCGUCAAUUGAAGUCAAGCUGGUCGACUUCGCCGAGGCCGGCUACUUCGCCAGCAACAAGCCCAACCCCCAGGGCGAGGUGUGGAUCCGCGGUCCAUCUGUCAUGGAGGAGUACUGGCAAAACCCCAAGGAGACAAAGGAGGCCAUCACCGAGGAUGGCUGGUUCAAGACCGGUGACAUUGGCGAAUUCGACAGCAACGGCCAUCUGAAGCUCAUUGACCGAAAGAAGAACCUGGUCAAGACCCUGAACGGCGAGUACAUUGCUCUCGAGAAGCUCGAGUCCAUCUACCGUGCCUCCGCUGUUGUGGCCAACAUCUGCGUGUAUGCCGACGCCCAGAAGGCCAAGCCCAUCGCCAUCAUCGUCCCAGCGGAGCCUGCCUUGGUGAAGCUGGCCGAGAGCAUCGGCGUCAAGGGCAGCACCCUGGAAGAGCUCGUCCACGACAAGAAGUUGCAGAGCGCCGUCACCAAGGAGCUUCAGAAUGCCGGCCGCCAAGGUGGCCUCUCCGGCAUUGAGAUUAUUGAGGGAGUCGUAUUGUCCGACGAGGAGUGGACGCCUCAGAAUGACUUGGUCACCGCCGCCCAGAAGCUCCAGCGCAAGAAGAUUCUGGAGAAGUACAAGACCGAGGUUGCCAAGGCGUACGGAUCUUCCGAUUAA